AUGAGUGAAAGUCUUCGUCAACGAAAAAAAAUCAAUGAAUUUGAUGUUCAACCAUCAGGUGAUGAUAUUGAUCGAAAUAUUCCAAUUGAUCGAGAUGAUCGUCAAUAUCGUAGUCAAUCUUCAACACCAAUUUCACAAUUGUGCUUGGGUAUAAUAGCAAUUGUUAUGAUUGCUCUAUUAGCUUUCAUACGUUUUGCAUUACCUCAUGAAGAUCAUAUGACGAAACAUUUUCCAGCUUCAUUACCAACAAUGGAUGGUGGACCUUUACUUGUAAAUGAUUUUCUUGCUCAUAGUGAACGAAUUUAUAUUGGUGAAGGACCAGAAUCAAUCGAACCAUUGAAUGGUUUACUUUAUACCGGUCUAAAAAAUGGUUCAAUUGUUGAACUUGAUCCUAUAACAAGAAAAACUCGUAUUAUUUAUUCAUCACUCAGUGUUGAUGAUCAUUUACUCAAUUGUGGAAAAGAUAAUCUUGAACAUGUAUGUGGUCGUCCAUUGGGUAUACGUCGUUUUUCUGAUAAUGAACUUAUUGUUGUUCAAGCAUAUCAUGGUCUAUUUAAACUUAAUGUUCAAACAAAGAAACUUACUCAAUUGAUUAGUGCAGAUGAUCAACGAUUUGGUUCUCGUUCACUACGUUUUGUUAAUGAUGUUGAUGUACUUGAUGGACGUUAUCUUUUUUUUACUGAUUCGGAUUGGUUUUAUCCACGAAAAGAAUUUAUGUCUGUUCUACUCCGAGCUGAUCCUCGUGGAAGAUUGAUUCGUUUUGAUCUUGAAACUGGUAAAGUACGUAUUCUUGAUGAUCAAUUAUCAUUUCCUAAUGGUGUACAACUUUCUGUUGAUAAACAAUCAAUAUUAGUUUGUGAAACAACAUUAGCUCGAGUUAUGCGAUAUUGGAUUAGUGGUGAUUAUACGAAAAUGGGUAAAAGUGAAAUAUUUAUUGAUAAUUUACCUGGUAUACCUGAUAAUAUUCGAUUAACAAGUACUGGAAAUUAUUGGAUUGCAUUUGCUUCUAUUCGACAUGAAAAUCAACCAAGUUUUUUAGAUCGUUUACGUAAUUGGCCUCGAUUACGAACAAUACUUUCGUACAUGCCAAGUUCCUUGACGAGAAUACAUAAACGUUUACCACAUCAUGGUCUUGUUAUUGAGCUUGAUAAAGAUACUGGUCAUAUUAUUCGUUCAUUACAUGAUGCUGAAGGUUUAGUUGUUCCAUCAGCUUCACAAGUUACUGAAUACAAUGGUCAUCUUUAUUUUGGAUCAUAUUAUUUAAAUCAUAUUGCAGUAUUCAAGCUCUAG